AUGGUGGGCGCCAGGAGAAUGCAGCUGUUCUUCGUCAUACGGGCGUGCGUUUUCCUGUCGAUCCCGGGCUACUCCAGCUCCUACUUCACGCCGCCCGCCGCAGCAGCGCCGCGAGCCUCUGGACCGAGAGCGGGGCCACCCACGGGGCUGCCGCAAGCGUCGACGGCAGCAGCAGCAGCAGCAGUAGCACCGCUCGCCGCUGCCGACAGCGAUGCGGAAGCGUUCGAGAGGGUGACCCUCGCCCGUCGCUCUACGAAGCACUUCGACCGACGACGACCGGUGCCGGACGACGUCUUGAAGAAGGUGUUGGCACUAGUCUUGCGAGCCCCCUCCGGGUUCAACAUCCAGCCGUACGAGUGCAUCGUGGUGACUUCCGACGAGGCCAAGCACAAGCUCAGCAGGGCCAUGUUAGGCCCGAACCGAGAGAGGGUGCUGGCAGCCGGAGCUACGGUGGUCUUCGCGAGUGACUUGAACAGCAUGAAGAACGUUCGCAAGUUGACAACCAUGCUGGCGAAAGAGGGAUGGCCCGAGGGGUUCAUCAAGAAGGUUCCGCUCUACUUGUCGGUGUUCUCGACGGGACACAACCGGCUGCUCCGGCUCCCACUGGUCGCGGCGAAGAAGCUGUCGUUCGCGGUGGUGCGGAGGCUCGGGAAGGGGAUGCCCACGGUGUCGGGGGCGGAGGCGUGGGCUUUCAAGAGCACCAUGCUAGCGGUGCAGGAGCUCCUCCUGGCGGCGACGUCUCACGGCCUAGCCACGUGCCCGAUGGAGGGUUUCGACAUGAGAAGGUUGCGAAAGGCGCUACGCAUCCCUUUGCGGUACUCUGUCCCGAUCGUGGUCAGCAUCGGUUACCCGUCGGACGAUCGGCGAGAAAUCAAGACCCUCAGAUUCCCUCCGGAGGAGGUAUUGCACCGAGAGGAGUUCGGCACACCUCUGGAAGGCGUUCCUUCGCUCUGA